AUGACGAACGCCAUCAAGGUUUACAAGAAAACUGCACCCAAUGGUAAGGUGACCGCUUACCUCAGUCGGCGGGACUUCGUGGACCACCUCACCCACACCUCACCCGUGGAUGGCGUGGUCGUGGUGGACCGUGACUACCUCCGUGGCAGGCGGGUCUUCGCUCGCGUCGCCGUCACGUAUCGCUACGGACGCCCUCAAGAUGAGGUGAUGGGCCUCAAGUUCAGCAAGGAGCUCGAACUGGUGAAUGUAGAAGUUGCUCCCAACGGUAUCUUCAAGGAGCUCACUGAUGUCCAGGAACGCCUCGUCAAGAAGCUGGGUGGCAAUGCCUACGCCUUCAGCGUGGAGGUGCCACAGAACGCACCUUGCUCAGUCACCCUUGAGAAAGGGGACGAUAUGGAAAGUCAGCCUCUGGGAGUGACUUUCAACCUCAAGCUUUACGUGGCUCACCAGAAGGAGAAGAUCCACAAGAGAAACUCCGUAAGCUUCGCCGUCCGCAAGAUUCAACUAACGUCUCUCCACUCCAGGAUCCGUCAGCCCAAGACGGUUGUGAGCAAAGGCUUCACUCUAUCUCCAGGGCGACUGUCUCUCGAGGUCAGCCUCGAUAAGGAAGUGUUCUGCCACGGACAGGCAGUAACGGCACACCUGUUAAUCAGAAACGCUUCCAAGAAAACCGUGAAGAGUCUCACUGCACAGAUUGUGCAACACGUUGAGGUUACAAUGCUCAACAGACUUCUCUGUUGUGAUGUGUGUUCUCUAGAGACCCGCGAGGGGUGCCCGGUGACCCCAGGAGCCAAUCUCUCCAAGUCCUUCUCCCUCUCCCUUGUUCCUCCCGUCAAGAAGCGCUUUGGCGUCGCUCUAGACGGUCGACUUAAAGACGAGGAUGCAAACCUUGCCUCUUCCACAAUGGCGGCAGCCGGGAGGAGAAUCAGCGACGCCUUAGGCUUUAUCGUGUCCUAUUCGUUUCGUGUGGUGCUGAAGUGCGGCGCCAUUGGUGGCGAGCUGACUGCUGAUCUGCCAUUCCAACUGGUACACCCAGACCCUUCGACUCGCAGAGCCCCUCUCCGCAAGACGCACUCCUUUGAAUUUGAAGAAUUUAAUCGCCUCCGAAGGAGCCAGUCGGCCGGAGACGAAUAAUGCAGAAGAGUGCAGCGUCUGGCUGACAUAUAUGACUCUCACGAGAGAAGCUCUGCAGGAGAAAACAUCGAAGCUAUGCAGUUGGGAUCGAAGUUGCAUCCUCGCACUCAAUAUUCUCACACAGGUACAUCACCUUCAUUCAUGUGAUUGUAUUGUGACAUUCUUCAUGUUAUUGUCUACACAUUAUAACUGUAAUGGAUGCUAACACAGUCUCGUUGAACGUUUAAUUGAAUUGUUCAGUGUAUAAAGACAGCAUUGUAAAUUGCAGAAAGACCCUUGUAAAAGGCGUUAAGGCAGCAUUGUGU